CCCGGAAGUGUGGGAUUAGUGUCCGAGCCAGAAGUCCGCAUCCGACUCCGGAGCCCCGCAGCGAUAUAAGGUCUCUGCUGUGAGGAUUCGGUGUGGCUCUUUCCCCUGCGAUGAUCGCUCUCAGUUAGUCCGCUCAUCGCUCCGAUGGAAGCUCCGCCCACAGCCGCCUGGUCCACCCGGGCCCCGCCGGCCCCCCUGCGCCCGGCCGUGGCCCCGUCCGUGCAGCUGGGCUUCACCGUCCUGUACACGGCGCUGUACGCCGGCCUCUUCCUGGUGGUCUACGUGCAGCUGUGGCUGCUGCAUCUCUACAGACACAAGCGAUGGAGCUACCAGAGCAUCUUCCUCUUCCUCUGCCUGCUGUGGGCCGCCCUGCGCACCACCCUCUUCUCCUUCUACUUCAGUAACGCGCUGGAGGCCAACCGGCUGCCCGUGGCUGCCUACUGGCUGCUCUACUGCUUCCCCGUGUGUCUGCAGUUCUUCACGCUCAGCCUCAUCAACCUGUACUUCACGCAGGUGUUGCUCAAAGUGAGGGAAAUGUACAGCUCCGACGUGGACAGAGGCCUGUGGGUGGCCCGGUGCGUGUACGGGACGAUGAGCGCUCUUUUCCUGGCCGUGAACGUGGCGUGCGCGGCCCUGGGGGACCGCGGCCGCGGCGGCGGGGCGGCGGACCGCACCUGGAGCCUGGUGCUGGUCCGGGUGAUCGUCAACGACCUGCUCUUCAUCCUGGACGCCGUGCUGCUGGCCACCCUGCUGCUGCUCCUCAGCCGACACUCCCGCUCCGCCAGCCCCUACCUGAUCAGCAAGGGGACCACCGUGUGCCGGGUGGCAGCGUUGGGCGGAGCCGUGAUCUUCCUGUUUGCCAGCCGGGCCUGCUACAACCUGACGGUGCUCUUCCUGUCCCAGAGCCGCCACGUGGAGUCCUUCAACUUCGACUGGUACAACGUCUCGGACCAGGCGGACCUGCGCAGCGAGCUGGGAGAGGAAGGCUACCUGGCCUUCGGUGCCAUCCUCUUCAUAUGGGAGCUGCUCCCGACCAGCCUCCUCAUCCUCAUCUUCAGAGUGCGGCGGCCCGCUCAGGAGAGCGGCGGCCUGCCCAUCAACAACCGGGUCCUGCCUCGCCCGUACUUCUUCGACGACCCCCAGGGCAGCGACGACGACGACUCCGCCACCCCGUGGACCCGAGCUCCACCCCCCCACACCAGCUGGUAUGGAUCCGAGACGGCGCCUCUCCUGUUUCCCAGCAAUCCUCCAGACCGCAGCAACCAGCACCACUCCUUCUACUCCACCCCCCAGAACUGACCCCCCACCAGUCCCCCCCCCCCCCCACCCCCUCCUGCAGAUUUGCACCUAAACUCUCAGGAAGUCGUCACCAGCCAGUGAAAUGCACCUUGUGUUUUUUUUUUGUAUUGCUCUUGGUAAAAAGGGACCCGACUCGGAGGGACUGGAGUUUUCCAGGAGUCGUCUCACAGAAAUCAGGUUUAACUUCGAUUACAUUCCUUCUCCACAAGCGAUUCCUGCAGAGUAUGAGGCUAACGUGGAGCUCUGUCCUGUCAGAUAAGCUAAUCUCUCUUUUGCACACAAUCAACUGACCAUUUGGGUAUUCACAGCAGAGAGCUGUGGUUAACUGAAAUAUUAAAUAUAUUCCCUUCUCUAUUCCCUUCUCAUUACCUUCCCGCUGCAGGUAUUGCUGUUUUCUAAGUUUGUAAAGAAGUUUCUAAAGAGUUGGUUCUUAUUUUUUCUUCCUGUACGAUUGUGUUUUGUAAGUGUAACUUAUUUCUAAUGACGUUCUAACACGCGACUGAAAUUUGCCACGUGAACAAAUAAAAACAUGGUUUUGGUCCGGGGAGGGCGGCGGACGGACCAGAGCAAGCACAGUUCAACAGCAGUCUGAUGGUUAAAAUGAAAUAAGUUGGUCAGAAGAACUGAAUG